UGUGUUCGGACAUGUUCACGACGGUUUAUUGAUAGUGUUAUACAUUCCCGUAUGCCUUGCGAAUAUAGUUUCGGUUUUUAAGAUGUUGUAUUUUAGGAUUUUCAUAUCAGUUUAGUUAGAGACGUCGAAGAGUUUUGAGCUCCAGUUGAUGUGACCAACCAGCAGCACUCAAAGUCAAAGUGUGUUUAGUUAGUCACUAGGCCACCAGACCUAUUCACUGAGAAUAAUAUAAAGCUGAAGAUAGAAAAGUGUUGUGUUUUUGUUUCUUAUUUAUUUAUAAAAUAAAAAAAAACAGGUACGAACACAUGUACACACACGCACAUAAGCAUACUAAAGAAAAUAUCUGAGGAAAACAAGUUCAGUGAUAUAAAAACAAUUCCUACAACAAAAGGAAAGCGAAACGAGAAAAAGUCUCAUUCGGACAAAAAACAAAAUCUUAAGUGAAAUCAAAAAACAAAAACAACAAUAGCCUAAAGGAUUUCAAUUAGAAACUGAAGAGUAAACAGCAACAAUAAAAAGAGAAGAAGAAUAAGGAAAAAUUUAGCAAAUAAAAAUCUUUUCUGCGUUUUAGAGAUUUUGGUGAAUUUUUUAACGAAUCGAAAAUUUUCCUAAAUAAAUAAAUUGAAAAAAUACUUUGCAAAAGAAAAUUUGACAAGAGAAAAAAAUUGGUAUUGGAAAAUUAUUUUCAGAAAAAAUAUUGUGUUGUUUGUGACUACAAUAUCAAAAGAAAUUGAAAUAAACCCAUAUCCACAAAUUGUAAUUGUCAAUUGAAAAAGAAUAAAAUAUUUGACCAACAGUUGAGAUUUCAAAUCACAUAUCAAAUCAUAAUAACCGAAGUGUAGCCAGCUGAAUUUUAACAUAAGAAGACAAGAAAAUAAAAUAAAAAAAAAAAAAAAACGAAGAAGAAAGCUGAAAAACCGAACACCGUCGAAGAAGAUACCUUAAGGACAAAUUAAAGGUACAUUUUAGAUAAGGACUACUUUGGAUAUCUUUUAUUUAAAGAGUUAAAGAUACAAAGCUAAGCUGGCAAAGACUACGUCAGAGAAAUAAAUAAAAUAUUUUCCCAACUCCAAAGAGAAGGUGGAACGUGGAAGACAAGAACAUUUAAACGUUUAAGUAAAGUGCGUUUAACGAGAAAGCGGAUAAAUAGAAGUACUCGGAUUGAAGAGGCGUGUAGCAUAAGAGUUCCUUAUGUUUAUGCAUGCUGCCUGGUGAACGGUAAACAUAUUCUACGAACUUAUAGGGGUUGUGCAAACCAAUGCGGACGUGGUUUACAAGUAGCGAAUGUAGAGCAGCUAGCAAAUCAUUUGAAGGGACAACAUCUGUGACAAGGGGAUUUGGAAUAUAACUUAUUUAGAAAACGUUAGCAGAAAAGCUAAAUCCUCCUCGUCCCAUUACCCCAAGCAUGUAGUUUUGUGUUAACAUCAGCCAGCCUAUCGUUGCAAUAUUUUCUCCUGCGUCGUCUACAUUACAAAGCCAGCAAAGAACAAAGCAACUCGUACAUAAGUUGAGGAGGUGGAAGAAGACGUGAACAUCAUUGUUUGUGGCCGCAUCCACAACACAACACACUUUGAGGUCACAACCAAGCUGCCUGCCUAACCAACAACAGCAGCCACAACAAUCAACAGCUGUUGGUUAUGAGCCAAGGACAACGUGGAUUUUCCAACGAACCCUUGGAGUCGACUUUGUUGUCGUCUGCCCGCUAAAUCCCCCUCAUCUAUGACCAGAACAAAACCAGGGCAAGACUGUUGAUUUUUAACCGAUCUGCGUGAAAGAGAACUACAACAACAGCCAACAAACAAGUGUUUUGCAUAUCCACUUACACUUUGAAACCUCAACAUCCAAUCCAUAUCCCAGCUUUGCGUUAAGUGGAGUAUACAUUUAGGCGUUAACAGCAGUCAAUUUCAAUAUCAAUAUCAAAAGGAAAGCCGAUGUAAAACUUAGCUAAAACAAAAACGUUAAUACCUAAGAAAAAAAAAACAGUGCUCAACGGAAAACUACAACAACAAUAAAGUGUCAACAGAUAUUGAUUUUGAACGCGUUAGUUUUUGCAGCAGUGGCGCGUUUAUCCUUAGUAUGGCUCGGUCUGUAAGAACGCCAAUAUCCCCCUCGUCGUCGUCGUCGUCGCGGUCAUCGUGGUCGUCGCCGUCGUCGUCGUCUUUUUACUCGUUAUUAUCAUCGUUCAAAGCUUCCUUAACCCGCCCCUCUUCCUCAAGUUCAGUAGCCCAUCACCUGGCCGCUAGAAACAAUGACAUUUGCCGCGGUCUCUUUGCCACACUCGUUAUACUGCUGCGCAUGUCAGCGCUAACGUCAGCCAUGACAGAUCAUCUAACGGUUCAAACGACCAGCGGGCCAGUACGCGGACGUUCGGUUACAGUUCAGGGUCGCGAUGUACACGUGUUUACCGGCAUUCCGUAUGCCAAGCCGCCCGUUGAUGAUUUGCGUUUUCGCAAACCUGUACCUGCAGAACCGUGGCAUGGUGUCCUAGAUGCAACGCGACUGCCAGCAACAUGCGUACAGGAGAGGUAUGAGUACUUCCCUGGCUUUUCCGGUGAAGAGAUAUGGAAUCCUAACACAAAUGUAUCUGAAGAUUGUUUGUUUAUGAAUAUAUGGGCUCCGGCGAAGGCAAGAUUACGACAUGGUCGUGGAACCAAUGGUGGUGAGCAUUCAUCUAAAACCGAUCAGGACCAUUUAAUACAUAGCGCAACGCCACAGAACACCACAAAUGGUUUGCCUAUAUUAAUAUGGAUUUAUGGCGGUGGCUUUAUGACUGGCUCAGCCACAUUGGACAUUUACAACGCUGAGAUUAUGUCGGCCGUGGGCAAUGUGAUCGUUGCCUCGUUCCAGUAUCGAGUCGGUGCAUUUGGGUUUCUACAUCUUUCACCGGUUAUGCCAGGUUUUGAAGAAGAAGCUCCCGGCAACGUGGGCCUUUGGGAUCAGGCCUUGGCUUUGCGUUGGCUGAAGGAGAAUGCCCGUGCAUUUGGCGGCAAUCCGGAAUGGAUGACGCUGUUUGGUGAAUCGGCUGGUUCGAGUUCCGUGAAUGCUCAACUGAUGUCGCCGGUAACGCGUGGCCUGGUCAAACGUGGCAUGAUGCAGUCGGGCACAAUGAAUGCUCCCUGGAGCCACAUGACUUCAGAGAAGGCGGUUGAAAUUGGUAAAGCUUUGGUAAAUGACUGUAACUGUAAUGCCUCAUUGUUACCGGAAAAUCCACAAGCUGUCAUGGCUUGCAUGCGACAGGUUGAUGCGAAAACAAUUUCUGUCCAACAAUGGAACUCAUAUUCUGGAAUUUUGAGUUUUCCCUCGGCCCCAACUAUAGAUGGAGCAUUUUUGCCCGCAGAUCCAAUGACACUUUUGAAAACAGCAGAUCUUAGCGGUUACGAUAUUCUGAUUGGAAAUGUUAAAGAUGAAGGCACAUAUUUUCUGCUCUAUGACUUUAUUGAUUAUUUCGAUAAGGAUGAUGCGACAUCAUUGCCACGCGAUAAAUACCUGGAAAUAAUGAAUAAUAUUUUCCAAAAAGCCAGUCAAGCAGAACGAGAAGCAAUUAUCUUCCAGUACACAAGUUGGGAGGGUAAUCCAGGCUACCAGAAUCAACAACAAAUUGGCCGAGCUGUGGGAGAUCACUUUUUCACCUGUCCCACAAAUGAAUACGCCCAAGCAUUGGCCGAACGAGGUGCUUCAGUGCAUUAUUAUUAUUUCACACAUCGCACCAGCACCUCAUUGUGGGGCGAAUGGAUGGGUGUCUUGCACGGCGAUGAAAUUGAAUAUUUCUUCGGUCAGCCAUUGAACAAUUCACUGCAAUAUCGACCUGUGGAACGAGAAUUAGGCAAACGUAUGCUCAAUUCUGUGAUUGAAUUUGCCAAAUCUGGCAACCCUGCCGUUGAUGGCGAAGAAUGGCCCAAUUUCUCCAAGGAAGAUCCCGUUUACUAUGUCUUCAGUACAGAUGAAAAAAUUGAAAAGCUACAAAGAGGUCCAUUGGCCAAACGAUGCUCAUUCUGGAAUGAUUACCUGCCGAAAGUUAGAAGUUGGAUUGGUUCCGAAUGUGAAAACAAAAGCUCAACAUCCGCUUCCGCAACUAUCUAUGAAAUGAAGAUGCAACAGCUGACAUUGCUGGCCGUGGCAAUAAUCCUGACAAUGGUCAAUAGCAUUUUCCAAUAAAAGCACAAAAAGCACAAAACACUCACCCACACACAUACACAUAAUUUAAUUAAAAAUAAUAACAAUAACAUUAAAAAAAAAUAAUUAUUAAAUACAACAAAACAAUUGAUUAAUUUUUAAAGAGAUAAAUUAAAAGAGAUUUAGUAAUGACAACAACAAAAAAGCCAAUGAUAAUGAAUAAAUGAAAGAAUGAAUAAAUGAAGCACAAUUUGUAGCGAAAAGAAAAGAACACAUGCAACAGCCAAACCAGAAAAAAGAAAUCAACAUAAAUACCCAAACACUCGCAAAAUGCUGUCCCUUAAGGGACUCAAGACCGCAAUCCCCUGGAUAAUAGAUAUUUGAUAGUCACGCCUGCAUAGGAUCAUGAUGCUAUUAUUAAUCCACAACAUUUUGUUUCAAAAUCAAAUGAAAAUUGUAGGCAAUUUUGUAAAAUGAUAUUGAUUUUGUUAUUUGGUAAAAUAGAACGACAAACAAAAACUUGAAAAAAAGACUAAAAUUUGGGGUGAAUAAAGUUUGUAGAUUGCCCUGUUUUUUUGAGCAACCAAUGCCCCCACCCCCGGAGAUUUUUGUAGCUUUUUAUUAGGAAAUAAAAAAAAAAACAAACAAAACACAACUUAAAAAAUAAAUAAAAUGACACAAGACAACUAAAAAUAUUUUAACUGAAGCGAAGAUGAAACUUGGAGUAGUUUGACACUCAAUGGAAGAAAGGCAGGAAGACUUUGAAUAUGGUAUUGUUAUAUUAAAAACUGUAGAUGAAUUACCCACCAAAGAUACUCAUUACAAACCAGGUUACAAACCUUUUCCUUUACUUAGAGCAUGUCAGACGAAACACAUUUUUAUUCCAUGGUCAGUAAAAGUCAAUUGAAGUAGUACUUGUUCCUGCGAAUGUAAUGAAUAUGUUUGCUGGGUAAGGCAUAUUUUAAAUAUAUUUUUUUCAGUCCUCACUUCUUAUUUCUAUGUUCACCUAUAUUUGAGAGCGCAAAUAUAUUUGAAUAGGACUUUUCUCUUUUUUUCUCAGUGUUCCUUGUCGGCCCAACAGUGUUUUUUCUGAGAAGACGAAAAUGCUGGCAAACGAUCUCCAAAGGUUUUUAAGAGGAGCCAAAAGCUGAAAGAACGGUGCUAUGAAAAAACAAAAUUGGUUGUUGUAUGGUAUCAUAUAUUUUGUGUCCGAUAUCCAAGUGAGACUUUAUUUUCUCCCAUGCAUAGACUGAAUACGCCUUCAUAGUAAUUAUAUGAAUCCAAUGGAAGGACAUUUAACAAAAAAUAUUUUUUCCAAUGAAGCACAUGUGACCGAAUUUAGUCAAACACAAGAAAUUUUAUUGAUUUUUUAACGCCUUCAUAUGUCCAAAGCGAUCCGAAGAACCGAUAUUCCUUCGAAUGGAUUUUAUUAUCCCCGUAUGGCUGGAGAAAAACUCUUGAGGAUCAUGGUCCAUACUUGGAACAACAUCGUAUUUUUAGCAAACCUGGAUCGAGUUCAAAAAGAGACGAUAUCGGUUCACUCCUACGGAUAUCGAAAAUAUACAAAUCUUGGCAUAUCACAAUAUUUAGAUGAGAUGCGAAACUGGACAAUAUUUUUCUACUCCUCUUUAGUAAUUCUCCAAACAAAAGUAAAAAAUGAACAAUAAAAAAUUUCGUAAUUUUUAACUUAGUUAGAGCAAUUAUGAAAACGAAAAAAAUCGGUCCAAUUUUUAUACCUUAUACCACAAGAUGAUCAGGUCUUUGUGCAUUUGUUUGUAACAGGGAAAAGGAAAAGAGAUAGACCCCUAGUUCCUUUUGAUGAUCUGCAUAAAAUCACAUUCCGAAUCGAUUUAUGCAUGUCCGUCUGUCCAUGUUUUUUGUAAACAGUGUACAGCUCGCAUUUAUUGCCCGAUGCAGAUGACAUUUUACACAAAUCAUUUAUUUGGACCAAGGACGAACCCUAUUGAAAUUGGAGAUAAUCGGUCAAAAUUUUUAUUUAUAGCUUCAUUAUUUCUUCUUCUGAUCUGCUUUUUAUUGUGCACCAAACGUGUAAUAUCAGUCCAAAUAGUAUGGAAUUUCGCACAUACGACCAAAUUAGACCUGAAAAUAAGUAUGCCAAAUUUGUUCGAAAUCGGUUUAGAUAUAGCUAUAGCUCCCAUAUAUACUGUUCAACCUUCAUUAUUUUUGCCCUCCGCAGGCGUAAUAUGCACUCAGUAACAACGAUAUUUGGGGACACAUAUCAAAUAUGGCUCAGAAAUACCUUAGCCAAAUUUUAUCGAGAUCUGUUCGGAUUUGGAUAUAGCUCCCAUAUACAUCUUUAUCCGAUUUCAAGUUAACUGUGCCUCGGAAAAUGAGAUAGAAAUCGAUUCAGAGGAGGAUAUUCCCCUCAUAUAUUAGUUCUUUUAGACUUUAAAUCAUAACUUUGAUCAUAGUUGGUAUGAUUUAAUUCUCAAAAAUUCUCCAUAAAAACUUUAAUUUGAUAUGUGAAGCUCUACUAAAUAUGCAAAGUGGUGUAGGGUAUCAUAAAGUCGGCACCGCCCGACUUUAAGACUUUCGUUACUGGUUCUGUUUUAUUUUUUGAGCUAUUAUGAACAUCGAAUAUAUAGGUGCAUCCAUUUGGGAUCCCCCAAAAAAGUUAAAAAAAUUCAGCAAAAAAAAUCAUGCUUAAAUCUCUAUAAAAUGGGGUACGCGUUAUGGUCCUAACUUGGUUCGGUUUAUACCCGAAGCGAUGAGGCUGUAACUUUCUAUAUUGUUUAUACUCUCAGCCAUAUGAGUACAGAGGGUAUAUGUUAUUUGAUACGGCCAUACGGGCCUCAUCAAAAUAACGGUUUUAGAUUCUUGGUCUCUUUUGCACCUAAUCCAUUUCAGAACAUUUGGAGUCGAUUUAUAAGUUCCGUUUGUGUAUCUGUCUGGCUGGUGCGCACGAUAACUCUAAAAGAAAGUACCUGUUUUGGUCCAAACUUGGUACAUCGUAAUAUUAUUAUCAAACUAACACCCAGUUCGGAGAUGGACAACAUUGGCCCGAUACUUCUCGAACCUCCCCUACAAUUGUUCAAAAUUUUCACAGAAAAUAAUUUGCCUUAUAGAAAAACAAAGGAUCAUCCGGUUUUUUGUUAAUCCUAAUACUUAAAUCAUUGCAAGGUCAGGUGCGAAAAUCCAGUACCAGUACCUUUCCCACAAGGGGUCACAAGUUUGAAUCAAUAUAAAUCUUAUUAAAUGGGAAAUAAGAGUCCAUUCAACUUCAAAUUUGGCACAUUUUAAUAUCUCAACUAAAACAAAAUCUUUUGUGUGAGAUGAUACAUAUCGUCCCACCCCUUCCCUGGUACCUCUCCGACAAAAGGUCACAAUUACCAACAAUUAAAUGUUUCAUAUUCCGCAAUUUAUGAAAGAUAUAAUUAUUGGUAAUUGUGACCUUUGUUUGGGGGAGGUACCAGAAGGGGUGGUCCGUUCUUCAAAUAUGAUUUUUUUGUCGGUAGUAGUAGUAUUGGAAUAUACGAAAUUUGAAGACAAUUGACAUUUUUUUCCCAUUUUAUUGGAGAUAGGAUUAUUGAGAAUUGUAAACCUUUAGAGGCACUGGAAGAAAGGGGCCGAUAUUGUCCUUUUUCCAUUAUAAAAUUGUAUACUCUUUUUAAGUAGCCGGCUUUCGAAUGAGACUUGACAUUUUCUCGUCCAACAUCCUCUACGUGAAUCCAAGUUUUUCUUAAUAGUUUUUUUUUCUUUCGCUGCGGUAUGUCCAACACUACGGCUAAGGGAAUCAAAGUUUGGAAAUAACAAAGAAAAAAGUGAAAUUUGAGUAUUUUCGAAACCCCAUGUCACAGGAAGUACGGGUCAUCGUUUUGAAUAACAAUGACACCAAUAAAAGGCGAAUUGAACCAAUUAAAAUCCGUCAAUGCAAGUGGUGUGAAGAUGGGAUACAUCGGUUCAUUGGUUCGUCCCCCACAAAACCUUAAAAUUUUGAAUCAUCAUAUAUCAUGUAAUAUAUGAACCACAUGCUUGGCACCAUCAUUUACACUCUUCUUUGGAUUUGGGAACAAUGAAAAAUAAUCAUUCCCGCCAGAAUCAUUUUUCUUGCAUAGAUAUAUUUUCAUACUUUCAAAUUCAAAAAAUACGUUUCUCUUAUUUUUUUUUUUUUUUGUAUUGAAAUGUAUAUCUGUCAAAAUUUUGUUGAAAUUUUGACAAUGAGAAGAUGUCAAAUGGACAAUUUUGAAAAAAUUGUAAACAUAUGAUUGCAUGAAUUUACCUUCUUGAUUCUACCAUGUUAAAUAACAAUGCUGCCAUAUUUUUACUUUCAAAACUUUUCUUAAAUUUGUCAAACUACAUCCAAGUUAAAAAAGACACAUUAUAUAGUUUUUUUAAACUGUGUUUGCAUUGUGUAAUUGGUAACAUUUGAAACGUGUCGUUAUAUGAUUUUUGUCCUACUCCUCAAAGAAAUAGAGAAAUAAAUCCGAAAGCCAAAAAUUGACUCUAUUUCAUAAUUAUGGAGCCAAGACCCCCGCAAAAAGGGGGUUUAAAUUAAAGCCAACUCAGAACAGUUUUUGCAAAAGAGAAACGAUUUUUUUUAGACGAAAAGUACAUAAAUUCCAAUUGACGAAAGCAAACUCCUUUUUAUAGUAAAAAGCAUAUCAAAUUGCACAAAUCCAAACAAAAUUAUGACAAUUUUUUUGAUAAUAAAAAAAAAAAAUAAAACAAAAAUAUGACAAAGACGAUGGAAAAUCUCCUUCCCUCCCUCCCUCGCUAGAUGGAAGGAACAAAUAUAUUUUUUUUUGUACUCACCCAAGGAAAAACCAAAAUAAAAACAGAUUUUAUAAUAUUAUUAAUUGAUAUUGAGGAAAAUCCCCUACUCCUCCUCUUAGAGAAUAAUUGAUAAAAAGAGAAUAAAACUAAAUAAAUUGAAAUCCCUUUUUGUACACGCUUUUGGGAGUGGCAGGUUUUGAGAAAAUCAAAGCCCUUAAAACAAUUUUUCAUUUUUAAAACAUGUUAGCCACUCUUCUUUUUGUUUUGAUAAGCAAAAAAUAAAUAAUGUGUAAAGGUAAAAUUUACAAACAAUAAUAAUAGAAAUAUUAAAUUUGGAUUAAGCAACGAUAUGACAAUUCAAAAUUUUAAAGAACAAAAUAUUUGAAGCAUGUCGUAUUUGUAUUACACAAACCAUACAAAUAAACACAUAUUAUUAGAAUUAGUCUAUUGGGAGCUCGUUUCAAAGCAUAGCCCAAAAUUGUAAGAACACUUUUGAGCUUUAGUUAUUGAAAACUAACGCCCCACAAAAUAAAUUGCAACUGCUUUAAUGAAAAUUGUUAGUCUCUUAUUUUGGUUUCUGCUAAAUUUUAUUUAUCUCUCUCAAUAAAAAAUAAUAAUAAAAAAAUGAAUUAUCAAAAAAUUAUAACACUUUCCUCGAUGGGUUAGCUUUAAGCUCUAUUGCUAAAUUAAAAAUAAAACUUGUUGCAGUUAAACAAUUUUUCUAUGUUUUAAUUAUACCCUCAGCCAUAUGGAUAGUUAUACCCUCAGCCGUAUGGCUAGUUAUACCCUCAAGCAUAUGGCUAGAGAGGGUAUAUAUCAUUUGAUACAGUCAAAACGUGCCUAGUUUUAGACCCUAGGUCUCUUUUUGACCAAAUCCGUUUCAGGACACUUGGAGUCGAUCUAGCGAUGUUCGUCCGUCCGUCUGUCUGUAUGGUUGGCUGGUGCGCAGGAUAACUCUCGGAGGGAGUAUUUUAUUUGGUACAAACUUGGUACAUGCUAAUAUUUUUGUCAAACUUAGAUCGAGUUCGGAGAUGGGCAAUGUCGACACAUUCCUUCUGGUACCUCCCCCACAAAAGGUCGAAAUUUUCAAAAAAAAAAAAAAAUAUUUUCUUCACAAAAAAGAGAAAGGAUUAUCCGACUUAGCUCCAACUUUUCAACUCCUAAUAUUAACAUCAGUGCUAGGUUAGGUGCGAAAAUAAACAAUAUCGGUCCACUCUAUCAAGUCCCUCUUUCAAAAAGGGUCAACAUUUUGAAUAAUUACAACCCUUAUAAAACUUGAUGUACGUGUCCGAUUGUCUUAAAAUUUCACACAUCCCAAUAUUUUUAUUAACCCAAGGUCUGGUAAUAAGAUGGAAUACAUCGGUAUACUCCUUCUGGUACCACGCCCACAAAAGGUCGAAAUUUUCAAAAAAAAAAUUAUUACACAGAAAGAGAACGGAUAAUCCGAUUUUGCUCCAACUUUUCAAAUCCUAAUAUUUGCGUUAGUUCUAGGUCAGGUGUAAAAAUGGAUUAUAUCGGUUCACUCCAUCAAGUACCUCCCCCACAAAGGGUCAAAAUUUUGAAUAAUUACAACUCUUACAAAAUGUGAUGUAAGAGUCCGAUUGUCUUAAAAUUUCACACAUCCCAAUAUACUCAAGAUCUGGUGUUAACAUGGAAUAUAUGGGUCCACUCCUUCUGGUACAUCCCCUACAAAAGGCCGAAAUUUUCAAAAAUGGACAAUAUUGGUCCACUCCAUCAAGUACCUUCCCCCCAAAAAGGUUCCGAUUGUGUUAAAAUUUCACACAUCCCAAUAUUUUUAUAAACCCAAGACUUGGUGUUAACAUAGAAUAUAUAGGUCCACUCCUUCUGGUACCUCCCCCACAAAAGGUCGAAAUUUUGAAUACCCAUGGAGCUCAUAAAAAGCGGAAAUAACUUUAGAUUCCAUUUACACUUAGCACAUCUGAAUAUUUCUAUCAACACAAGAUCUGUUACAAAGAUGGUAUAGAUCGAACCAUUUCUUCGAGUACUUCCCCCUUACAUAUGGUUCAACAUUUUGAAAAACAAAACUCUCAAAUAAAGCGAAGAAUUUUUUUUUUUUUUUUUUUUGCUAAGACAAGAUAUGAAUAUGAUAUAUAUCUGCGAAUCCCUUCUGGUACCUUACCCACAAAGGAUCAUAAUUUUCAAUACUUAUAUCGGUCAUAACUUGCGAAACAAGUCAGCGAUUUUUCUAAAAAUUAUCACAUAUCUCAUAAUGAAGGAUGUAACCGAUGUAGUCGAGACCUGAAACGUCGGAAUAUUUAUAUCAUAUUUAUUUGGGUCCGAUACGAAAUGGACAAUAUUGGCCCAUUCCUUCGGAACCUACUCCAUAGAGGGUGAAAAAUUUGAAUAAUCGUAACAGCAGUCAAAAUAUAUUUAAAAAUCGAACAUUGGCUGAGGGUAUACAUCUGUCGGUUAAACCGACUGAUACUUUUUUAACUUGUUUUUCAUUUACAUUGCUCAAUUUGAAAUAAUUUUCAAUAUUUUCCCUUUAAAUAUAACUUGCAUCGAUUCGGUUAAAAUCUUUAGAUCUAUCCCUUAAAUUUUCUGCAAAUGUUAAUAUUUUCACAAAAAUAUAAAUAUUUUGUUAUUUUCUUUUAGUAUUCACAAUUUUAUUUGUUCCUUCUUAAUUAAAAAAAAUAACAUAUCAAUAUUUACAAAAGUUAAAAUAAAUACAAAUUGGCUUUAAACAAUAAAAAAUAAUAAAAUCUAAACUAAAACCCAAACCACACAAUAAGGUAUGUCUGUAAUUGUAUUUAACAAAAAAUAAAAAAACCGUAAAAAGAACUAACAAUAAUAUUUAUAGAUAAAAACCAAAAAAAUAAUAAUAACUCCUUAUAUUAAUUAAAUGUAUUAUGGAAAAAUAUAUAUAAAAGUAAAUUGCUAUUUAAAUGGUAUUAGCGGAAGAAAUCCAAAAUAAAAUGUUCUUAGUUUUUAAAACAAAAUAAAACAAUAAAAAAGAAAAUAAAAAACGCAUAUCUAUUGCAACUAUUAAAGAAACAUAUUAUAUAUAUUACAAAAAAAAAAAAAAGAAAGACAUAAAAAAAUAUUAUUAAAAUAAGACAAAAACUAAAAAAAAAAUACAAUUACAACAAAUAUAUAUACAUAUAUAUGAAUGCAUAUCAACCAUAUUUAAUGGAUAGAUGGAUAUUACUUUCAUUACAAAGAGAAAAACAAAAACAACAACAACAAAUAUUAACGAAACAUUAUAACAAAAAAGAAAAACAACAAACUAAAAUGUGAAAUAAAACCAACCAAAUUACUUUAGAGUUUAGUUAUACUCAUAAAACUAAAACAAACAAUAAAACAAAUAUGAAGAACAACAAGAAAAACAAAACUGAUAAAUAAUUUCAAUGAGCGAUGUUCGCUUUUAAAACAAAAUAAAAAUAAAAAUUAAAA